CCGGCCCUGGCCCUUGCAGCACGCGAGCGAUCCCCGACAGCGCCUGCAAAUCUCCCCGCCCAGGCUCUCGCACACAUCAAACCUGUCUGCCUGCCCGCUGAGACCCGCUGCUCGUAGCUGCCAUGGGACUUCUCGACGACGACACAUACGAAUCGGUGCUGGUGGUGAUCCGCGAGUGCAUGGUGUAUAGGAUUCCCCCGCGAUCGAAUGCCAGAGGAUACAGGGCGGCCGAUUGGGAUAUCACUCAGCACAUGUGGACGGGGCGCCUCAGGGUGAUUGCCCGCGGCGACGAUGCAUUCAUUAAUCUGGAGGACGGAACGACGGGCGAGAUCUUUGCUCAAUGCCCAUACAACCCCGACGGAUCGAGCGUCGAGUCCGUCACGGACUCGUCCCGCUACUUUGUGCUGCGAAUCGUUGACAAGGCUUCGGGCAAGCAUGCCUUCAUCGGCAUGGGCUUUACCGAACGCUCGUCGGCGUUUGAUUUCAACGUGGCGCUGCAGGAUCAUACCAGGCGGGUCAAGCAAGCCAAGGAAGCCCACAGCGCCAAGCCGGCCAGCGCCGCCCCCAAGAUGGACUAUAGCUGGAAGGAAGGCCAGACCAUCACCAUCAAUAUUGGCAGCCUCAAGUCGUCAAAGCCGGCCGGGGCGUCGUCUGAAAACCUCUCUGGAGCCUCGGGUGGCUUCACGAUGCUGCCUCCCCCGCCCUCCAGAUCUCUGGCUUCAGGAUCGUCGUUUGGAUCCACCGGAUUCCUGCCCCCUCCGCCCUCCAAGCAGCAGCAGCAGCAGCCGGACCCGUUCGCUGCCUCGUCGUCGGCAUCGGCGGAUCCCUCCUCGGGCUGGGCAGACUUUGGAGACUUUGUGGGCUCGAACCCCACGAGCACCAGCAAGGAGUCAACCGCCCCGAGCGGCUGGGAAACGUUUUAAUGACAGGCGCAUGUACGAAGCAGGGCGGCGGCGAUGCGAGAACAGGCCGCAUCCGGUGGCUCUGUCGCAGCAAAAUACAGCCCCGCAUGGUCCAGACGGUGUUGAUGAUCUU